AUGGCAUCCCAACCCCCAACCAACCCCCUGACACAACACCGCCGUCCCCCUCCGCGGCAAAUAAGCCGCGGCCCCGGGGCAGCUCGCAGCGCGGUCCCGGGCUCACCAGCGGGCGGCCCGGUCCGGGGGACGCCGACGCCGACGCUCAAGCGGGUGAUCUGGACGGGGGCGAUCGCGGCGGUGACGAUCGUCGGGGCCAUCUACGGGGCGGGCCUGAAGACGCGGUCCGAGUACCAGCAGGAGAAGCGCAAGGUCGUCGAGGCCACGCCCGAGGAGCGCGUCCGCGACCUCGAGGCCCGCCGCGCCGCCCUCGUCGCCCAGAGGCGCCCCUUCGAGAGGAAGCUCGCCGACCUGAGGGCCAGGAUGGUCAAGACCCAGGCACAGGCACAGCAGGAUGGUGGUGGUAGUGGUGCGGCGGAGGACGGGAAUGCGCGGGGUUGA